AUGGGUGUAAGUAAAUUAGAUGUCUUGUACAGAAAGCUUCUCCUCACUAAACUUUUCAUCAGAGGAUGGGGAAAGCCAGAGGAUCUGAAAAGAAUAUUUGAAUUCAGAAAGAUUAUUGGAAACAGGGAAAAAUGCCAGACGCUGGUUUCAAAAGAUUAUCCAGUGUUCAUUGACAAGGUUGAGGAGCAAUCUGACUGUAAAAUCCUUGAGGGGCACUUCAUUUCCCCGUUGGCUCAUUAUGUCCCAGGUAUCCUGCCAGUCGAAUCUCUUGUGGCAAGAUUUCAGUUCAUCAUACCCAGAAGAUGGAAUAGCAAGCACAGACCUGUGUGCAUUCAUUUAGCUGGCACUGGAGAUCAUCACUUCUGGAGGAGACGCACAUUAAUGGCACGCCCAAUGAUUAAAGAAGCCUGUAUGGCUUCCUUGUUGCUUGAAAAUCCUUAUUAUGGCUGUAGAAAACCCAAGGAUCAAUUACGGUCAUGUUUAAAAAAUGUCUCGGACCUGUUUGUGAUGGGAGGAGCUCUUGUUCUAGAAUCAGCAGCUCUUUUGCACUGGCUAGAGAGAGAAGGCUAUGGACCACUAGGGAUGACUGGAAUAUCCAUGGGAGGACAUAUGGCUUCACUGGCAGUGACAAACUGGCCUAAACCAUUACCAUUGAUUCCAUGUCUUUCCUGGUCAACAGCUUCUGCAGUCUUUACUACGGGUGUGUUGAGCAAGGCAGUGAACUGGAGAGAGCUAGAGAAACAGUAUUUUACGCAAACUGUUUAUGAAGAAGAAAUCAUUCAAAUGCUUGAAUACUGUGGAACGGAUUCUUUCAAGAUGGGACAAGACUUUGUUAAAAACUUCCCUGACGGUGUAGACAGUCUGGAAGAUGUGGAUGUGACUUCCAGAAUGUUCAGCCUUGGUUCCUCAAAUGAGACUGAUAAAGAAGCUGUUCACAGCUUUACCACAAAUGAAAGUGCUCUAAGUGCCUCCUCAGAACAACUUUUAAUACAAGAUGCCUCUAAAAUGCAGUGCAUAAAUCAAAGAUUUUCAACCAGUAGCAAUAGCAGUAAAAACUUAAAUAGCCAACAGGGACACUGGAUAAAUAGAAGAAGAAAGAGUGACACCUUACAAAGAGAGUCAUUAAGGUUCAUGAAAGGAGUAAUGGAUGAAUGCACCCAUGUAGCUAACUUCUCAGUUCCAGUUGACCCAAGUUUAAUCAUAGUUGUACAAGCUAAGGAGGAUGCAUAUAUUCCUCGAACUGGGGUUCGCAGUCUUCAGGAAAUCUGGCCUGGAUGUGAAAUUAGGUAUCUGAAUGGAGGUCAUGUCAGUGCCUACCUCUUCAAACAGGGACUCUUUAGACAAGCGAUUUAUGAUGCAUUUGACCGCUUUCUUCAGAAAUAUGCAGUUUAA